AUGGUACCCCUGGCAACCCUCAUCGGCCGGGAGAUCCGAGGCGGCAAGUCUCAGAAGCCAUCCAUUAAGUAUGGCCACGCCGGUUUCGCUAAGAGGGGGGAAGAUUACUUCCUUCUGAGGCCCGUCUGCUUCCGGGCUCCUGGCGACCCCGCGUCCUUGUUCUCGGUGUUCGCGAUCUUUGACGGGCACAAUGGAGCUUCUGCUGCUGUGUUUGCAAAAGAGCACCUUUUGGAUCACGUCAUGAGCACGAUUCCUCAGGGAAUUGGUAGAGAAGAGUGGCUUGAAGCCCUUCCUCGGGCACUUGUUGCUGGUUUUGUUAAGGCAGACACCGAGUUCCAGCGCAAAGGGGAGACUUCUGGGACAACGGCGACACUCGUUGUCAUCGAUGGUUGGACUGUGACGGUUGCAUCUGUAGGUGAUUCUCGCUGCAUACUGGAUUCACUGGAUGGCGUAGUUUCGUUGCUAACGGUCGACCAUAGACUGGAAGAGAAUGUUGAGGAGAGAGAACGUGUUACUGCCAGUGGUGGGGAGGUUGGAAGACUUAACCUUUGUGGAGGGAAAGAGAUCCAUCUGAUGCUGCUCUCAGAUUGGGCCACUCCGAUGCUGGCCUGGCGGGCUAUGCCUUUCGAGGUCGAUUGGAGAUACAGAUGUAGAUUGUUGGGUGAUCAGCUUUCAGCUGCUGGAGGACGGUUAAUAAUUGCUUCUGACGGCAUUUGGGACGCUCUUCCAUCUGAGCUAGCUGCCAAAGCUUGCCGAGGACUUCCUGCAGAACUUGCUGCGAAGCUUGUUGUCAAGGAAGCUUUACGAAAAAGUGGGCUAAAAGAUGACACAACUUGCCUAGUUGUUGAUAUCAUUCCACCAGAUUGUACAUUUGUACAACCUUCAAUAUUAAAGCAGCAAAACAAGUUCAGAUCCCUCCUUUUCGGGAAGAAGUCGAAGAAUGGUGCUGGUAAACCUACCAAACUGUCUUCUGUUGGAGCUGUGGAGGAAUUGUUUGAGGAAGGGUCGGCUAUGCUGGAAGAAAGCAGAGGUUGGAUUUGCACAGUUAGCAAGAGGAAGCAGGGACUGGAACUUCUUGUGAGAUGGAAGAAUCUUUGCAAGGAACUUGAGGUUGCAGUCAGGUGUAAGUGGAGAGAAUGCAAUAAGGGUGGCGAGAUCAAGAAGGAAAGAAUAUGGAAGCGAAAUGAGUUGACUGGCAUCAUGAAUCACAGGGCUAAUAAGCAAUGCAGACAUUGGAUGGGUCGAAUUUGGAGGUUCUACAUCGAAGCACUUAAUUCAGUGGCAUGGGAAACUUGUCCUCAUGUCGCUUGCGCUCUUGCAUAUGAUUGUUCAACUGUGCUGGGCCAAGGAGGGGAGUACACUAGCCUUAUUGAUGGUCUGUAUCUCCCUUUAUUAUACUUGGCAGCUAUAUUUGCACCAAUAGCUGGUUGGUCCAACAGCACAGCCAUAGGUUCACAACUGAUGCCCAUGACUGCUAACCACUCUUGCUACAGGCUGCUCAACUCCAACAACAACCAUACAGGAGGUUGGAUCUGGUCUCAACAAUAUGUCAUGAGUUGCAGUGCUUGA